AUGUCUAAAGAAGCCUUUAUAGGAUCGAUUGAUCAAGGAACGACCAGUACGAGAUUCAUAAUCUAUGAUCAGUCUUGUAAGGCUGUUAGUUCUCACCAGGCUGAGUUCUCUCAGAUAUUUCCUCAAGCAGGAUGGGUUGAACAUAAUCCGAUGGAGAUUCUGGAGAGCGUGCGGUUUUGUAUGGCGAAGGCUAUUGACAAGGCGACAGCAGAUGGACACAACGUGGAUAGUGGAUUAAAAGCGAUUGGCGUUACGAACCAGAGAGAGACGGCGGUUGUCUGGAGUAAAUCCACUGGUCUACCUCUUUAUAAUGCUAUUGUUUGGAUGGAUGUUCGAACCAGUCCUAUCUGCAGGAGAUUAGAGGAACAAUUUCCAGAGGGGAGAAACCAUUUCGUGGGGACAUGUGGCUUGCCUAUUAGCACUUAUUUCAGUGCAGUUAAAUUUCUAUGGCUGUUAGAAAAUGUUGAUGCUGUUAAGAAAGCUAUGGACUCAGGGGAUGCUCUGUUUGGGACAAUUGACACUUGGUUGAUCUGGAACCUCACUGGGGGUUCUGGUAGUGUAGACCCAUCCAAGAAUUCGGUGACUGGUGUGCAUGUCACUGAUGUAUCAAAUGCAUCUCGAACAAUGCUCAUGAACCUCCAGACUCUUGAAUGGGAUAAACCCACAUUAGAGGCAUUUGGGAUACCCAUUGGAGUACUUCCCAAGAUUGUCAGCAAUUCCGAAAUUAUUGGAAAUGUUGCGAACGGAUGGGCAACUGCCGGUGUUCCAAUUGCAGGCUGCCUCGGUGACCAACAUGCAGCAAUGAUGGGUCAGGCCUGCCGGAAAGGGGAGGCAAAGAGCACCUUUGGAACUGGUGCCUUCAUACUUCUUAACACUGGUGAAGAGAUUAUUAAAUCGAAUCAUGGUCUCCUGAGCACUGUUGCAUUCAAACUUGGUCCUAAAGCGCCGACGAAUUAUGCAUUGGAAGGCUCCAUUGCGAUUGCCGGAGCAGCAGUUCAGUGGCUCAGAGACAGCCUUGGCAUUAUUAAGACUGCCCCAGAAGUUGAAGAUUUGGCAAAGAAAGUUGAGAAUUCAGGUGGGAUCUAUUUUGUGCCAGCGUUCAAUGGGUUGUUUGCUCCGUGGUGGAAAGAUGAUGCGAGAGGUGUACUGGUUGGGAUCACAAGGUUCACAAACAAUUCACAUAUUGCUCGAGCUGUGCUUGAGAGUAUAUGUUUUCAGGUGAAUGAUGUGUUGGAAUCAAUGCACAAGGAUUCAAAGGAGAAGGCUGGAGCUAAUGAUGGGGAAUUUUUGCUCAGGGUUGAUGGUGGUGCAUCUGCCAACAACCUCCUGAUGCAGAUUCAGGCGGAUUUAUUGGGGAGUUCAGUGGUACGACCGAGUGAUAUAGAGACAACUGCUCUAGGGGCAGCCUAUGCAGCAGGCUUGGCUGUGGGUGUUUGGACAGAAGAUGAAAUUUUCUCCACAGAAAAGCGGCAAGCAAAAGCAACCACUUUCCACCCGAAACUCCAAGGGGAAGAGAGGAAGAAGAAGUCUGAGUCCUGGUGCAAGGCUGUGACAAGAAGUUUUGAUUUGGCAAGCCUUUCCCUUUAGCUCCUAGCAUUACCCGCCUUCUCAUAUUUCCCCCAUUUUAGUGAUUUUAUUCUGAAUAAUGUUCCAAAUUCUUAUGUAGAUCUUGUUAAUGGAUCAAUAAUUUUAUGUAUUUAA